CCCUCAUCGGACCAUUUGGAGAUGAAAAUUCCGAGUGCGUUCUUGGCUGUUUGACUUCGGGACGGUAGCGGAUGAGCGAGGAGAAAAAUCCGCAACGAUUCUGGACUUAUUGUCUAAAUUUCUGAAAACAAAAUCUGCUUCUUUGCGCACUGCUGCAUCCAAACAGAUCAACAUGAUGACCAAACACUUUGGGAAAAGUGGGAAUAUGAGUGAGCUGGUGAGCUCCCUCAGCUGGCUUGAGGAGGACGGCAGCUCCCAGGAUGGAGAUGAAAGUCCCGAGAUGAGGAGCCGCCACCAUGGCCUGGCUCUGGGGGGUCGUAAUCACUCCUGUGGAGAACUGGGCAGUGAGGACAUAGAGGAAGGAGAGGAGGAAGAGGAGGAGGAGGAUGACGAAGAGGAACUUGGACCUAAUGGAGAAAAUGAACCCAAAAGAAGAGGCCCCAAGAAGAAGAAGAUGACCAAAGCUAGGCAGGAGAGGUUUCGCGCCCGAAGGGUCAAAGCCAACGCCAGGGAGCGUUCUCGGAUGCACGGACUGAACAAUGCUCUGGAUAACCUGCGCAGAGUGAUGCCCUGCUACUCCAAAACUCAGAAACUAUCAAAGAUUGAGACCCUACGGCUGGCACGCAACUACAUCUGGGCUCUAUCUGAGGUGCUCGAGAGUGGUCAGUCCACAGAAAGUCAUGGGUUUGUGGAGAUGCUGUGUAAAGGUCUGUCUCAACCGACCAGUAAUCUUGUGGCUGGAUGCCUGCAGCUGGGGCCCACACCUCUGAUUAUCAACAAGCUUGAGGACAAGUGUGGAGGUCAGGGAGCAGGCGACGCUGUGGCUGGACAUCCACUCAGCUACCCGUCCCCAGGACUUCCCAGCCCACCAUAUGGCUCCCUGGAAGCAUCACACCUCCUUCACAUGAAGGGAUUCAAAGCGCCUUUAUAUGACAAUUCCUCCCCUAACGAGGGCAGCAGUGGCACCCCUCCGUACGACGGGCCUCUUACUCCCCCUCUCAGCAUCAGCAGUAACUUUGCCUUAAAGCAGGAGCCAUCCCCACACGAAUCAGAAAGGAACUACACACCCCACCCUGGCCACCAUGCCCACUACCUCUCAGUCCACCACUUCCCCACUUCCACGGCAGGCAGCCUACCAGGGGGGGCUCAGGCCCACCCAAUCUUUCAGGCUUCUCGUUUUGAGCUCCCCCUUGAUGUGGCCUUUGAGUCGUUCACUCCCUCUCACCUGAUCAGCUCUCAGAUGGGCACCAUCUAAGAUCUAGUAAAACCAGU